UAGAAACAGGAAGCAAAGAGUGGAUGACGCCAAGCAGGUGAAAAACUUUCAGAAAGGGACAAUUCGGUCGUUACUGUAAAGCUCUGAACGCUGUCAACACUGCAGCCGCCGCACUCGCGGUUGUUUAGAGCGCGAGGACUUUCCGUCCGUUGCCUGGACACCCGCUCGCGCUGAAGUGGACGGACGAACGGCAACCAGAUAAGGGGGCUCGGUUUAUUUACUCCCCCUGGCCGCUCACCACAAAGGAAUGAACCAUAACUUAACGUCAUUUUAUUGGACUUUCCAAUUGUGAAUGCAUGCGCAGGCAGGCAGAGCUAGCGCGCAAGCUAUCGACUUAGCCGCUAAUGUCAACUAAAUCAUGGAAGGAGAGGUGCAUGUGUUACAUAACAUCAAACCGCAAUUUUAUCAUCGACUUUUGACACCCCUGAAGCACAGUUAUGGAUGUGAUUUAAUCGCCAAAGAGUAACAUAUUCGCAAACACAUCUUGUUUUAGGGAGAGAUGGAGUCCAACUCGCUCAUCAGUGCGAUGGACCCAUCCAUUACAUUGUGGCAGUUCCUGCUACACCUGCUGGAUGAUCAGAGUCAGAAGCACCUGAUCUCCUGGACGUCUGGGGAUGGGGAAUUCAAGCUGCUGGACGCUGAGGAGGUGGCCAGACUCUGGGGGCUGCGCAAGAAUAAAACCAAUAUGAACUAUGAUAAGCUUAGCAGGGCACUUCGUUACUACUACGACAAGAAUAUUAUCAAGAAGGUUAGUGGACAGAAGUUCGUCUACAAGUUUGUGACCUUUCCCGACCCCAACUCCACUGAUGGGCAGAAAGGGACUGAGGAUGCCCAGAAGGCCACUGCAGGGGAAAAAUUGGAGCUGUCCAUCCAGACCAAAUCUGUAGAUGGCACAAACACCACCACCACUUGUCUGAGCAAGAACCUGCAGGUACAGCGCUCCUCCCCCAGCUCAGUGCAGCGCAGCUCCCGCAACGAUUACAUGAAGUCUGGCCUCUACUCCACCUUUACUAUCCAGUCCCUGCAAAUGCCUUGCAAAGACACAUCCAAACCCAUCAAAACUGAGCAUAUACUGAGUGAUGGCAGCCCCAAAGCUACCCAUCUGGACCGGACAGUACACGAGGUGCGUGUCUGUCAGACAGAAGGACAGCAGGGUAGUAUUCAGGCCCAGUCAACUGUAGAAAACAGUAGCCUGCAGGUGAUCGUCACCCACCCAUCUCCAUGCGCUACACCUGCCCUCAGCCCUCAGACACCCUCCAGCACUACCACUGCAACCACGCUCUCCAUUCCACCGAAUGCUCAAGCACAGAAGAGCCAGAGUUUGGGUGAUCCACCACAGAUUUUCCUGUCUGAUCCCAGCUCUCUGACUUCCCUCAUUCCUCUGGCUCAUGGAGAGUGUGUGGUCAACCCCUCUCAGCCUGUGUUUGUGGUUAUUAAACCUUCUGUAGGGCUGCCCAAAUUGUCCAGCUCCCCACCUGACCAGCUGGAGAUUGUCAAUCUGGAAGAAAAAUCAGAUGUUGAGGCUCAGCCAGUUUCAACAGUACCUGUGCCUGGAGUUACAGACGCCCCGAUCCAUGUAGACACCCCAUCACCCUGUGUGGAGCCUUCAGCCCAGCCCGUCUGGGAAGGAGAGGUGAAAGAGAAGCCUGAACUCCUUGAGGACACCAACACUGCAUCAAUAUCCCUCCCAGCAACCCAACAGGAAGUUCAGCCUCCAAAAUCAAAGAAGCCACGUGUACUGGAGCUGCCAUCCUCGUCCAUGCUGCUGCCUCCUGGACUCUCACUGGACAAAGUCAAUGCAGCGGUGAACAGUCUGCUGGCCCCUGGCAGUGCCACUAACACCUUAACACCCACAGUGAUCACCUCGCAUGCCCUGACUCCAGUGAUGUUGACACCAAGCCCUCUCCCAUCAACCAUUCACUUCUGGAGCACACUCAGUCCAAUCGCUCCACGCAGCCCUGCAAAGCUCUCCUUCCAGUUCCCUUCCAACGGAAGCAAUCAGAUCCAGAUCCCAGCACUGAGUGUGGAUGGCCUGUCCACGCCUGUCGUUCUCUCCCCUGGACCACAGAAACCAUAACAUGGGAUUAAUUCCCUUAAAUUCUAUUGAUGCUAUUUGCUCCCUUCCCAGCCAGUGAGAUGCUGAGGACCAGUGAUGAAAAGAUGGAACACUCCAUAACAAGUUCUGCUUGAUGUUGGGCGGAGCAUCUGCUCCAAUGAUGACUCUGCAAGAGGAGUGCACUCUCAGCUGUCCUUCACGAUUGGUUGACGGAGCAGCCUGGUUCUGGGCUUGUUGGUGGUGUUUCUAAAGAGUAUUUGCUCUUUUUAUUUCUCAUUUUAUAAUAUAUUUAUUUAUUUUUGUUGUCUCAAGACAGUAUGAUUCUAGUGCAUCUUGAGAUGCACUUUUCUGAAAGACAUUUUGAAUCGAGAACUUUGGCGGUCUCGUUUUUUAAAUAUAUUUUUUCACCAUAGCAUAGUGAGUUAUGGACCAGACAAGGUAACCUUUCACUGAAAAAGGGAAUAUUUUACAGAUGGCACAUUGCUUUCUCAAAAACCUUUUCUUUAUUUUGUGAAAAUGGAAAGCAUGCAUUUGAAGUCUGACAGAAGACAUUCACUCGCACGGGUUAUUGCAAGUUCAGUUCAUUCUUUGCCAUUACAGAAACUCAAUUUGCACAAGAAGCAACAAUGUUGUUUUAUACAUUCUGUAUUGUUUUUCCAUGGACAGAGGAGUCCUUUUGCUGAAGAGGCAUUGAAAAUGCCCAAGGAAUGUCAUGGCCAUUCCCAGCAUUUGAAGAGGCGGAACCAGGGAGAAAAAGAUACAGAAUGAUUGCUCAAAUAUAAAGAUCUGGAAUGUAUUGAUAUUAUCUAUUUCUUCUUAGAUCAUUCCUUUAUUUCAAAACUUUCGUCUUGUAAAUACACUUUGCACCCAUUCCAAGUUUUGAACGAUUUUGUUUUUGUUGUUUUUUUUAAAUAAUUUUAUAAAGGAGCCCUUUCUCUGGCAGCAUCUAAAAAGACAAAGUUUUAAAAGUGUCACGUCAAAACGUUUGCAGUUUCGUUAUUUUACGAAAACACCAGAGGAGACCAAAGACCAGCUGUUUAUAUACAAUCCAUCUCCGCAUCUUUUUCUUUUUGUCAAAAUGUUUCUCUUUGUUCUUUCUCAGUCUCUCUCGCUCUCCAUCUUGCUGUCAUUCUAUUUUUAACCAGCCGCAUCAAAGGGCUAUAACCUUCAUGCUAACAAAACUCUCGUUCAAACAAACAUUGUAUAUAUAGCUUAUACAUCUGACACGCCAGCUACAUGUGUAAUGCUCUUUGUAAAUAUUUUAAGUAAUUUAUGGCAGAAUGAGAGGUUUGUAGCUUCUACUGCUUUUGAUAUUGUUAGUAAUUUUGUGUUAACUGUGGGUGCCUCUUAUGCUAUGUUUGUCUAAUGUGUUAAAAUCACACGUACGGUUGUCACUUCAAAGCUGUCAACAGCUCGAUGUGUCAAAGUGAAAGUCGAGGCAGGCACGCAAAUGACUUUUUUUACUCACAAAGCAAGCCAACAAUUAUUUGCAUAUAUUUUUGUGCUUGUAGUUUUCAAGUGUGUUAAAGGGGAUCUAUUAUGCAAAAUUCACUUUUACAGGGUGUUUGUACAUACAUGUGAGUCAGCAGUGUGUGUACACAGCCACCCUACAUUGUUAAAAGUCUACCCACUCCUUUUUCUUAUAUUUCUAUUAAUCAAAAACAGUGUGUCAAAAUUAGUGGUUUUCGUUUCUGCUCUAACAUGACAUCACAUUAGAGCAGGCCUCGCCCACGACUGGUGACGGACUCCACCCUAUUAUCCUAGAUCCUCCCCUGAGUGAUCUACACACAGUCUGCCAUUUUUUUCCACACUGGAGCAAAUACAGAGAGAAGAAUAAUGUCUCAGCUUCAUAAGCGUAAUAAGUGUUCUGUUGUUGGCUGUAAAAGUGAACAUAAGAUUCUUCAUGUACUCCCGGCAUCAGAGCCACUGAAGACGCUAUGAACAAGUGUUGUUUUUGAAGGAAAUGUGCCCCAAAACAAACAAAAAUUAGUGUAUGUUUGUGCAAAUCAUUUUACACCGGACUGCUUUGUGAAUGAGUGUCAGUAUAAAGCAGGAUGUUUGCAAAUCACCUGUGAAUGUGCUUGUUAGCUGAUUCCACGUCUAAUGCAGCUAAAUUUACAAUUUUCUCUGAUCAUAUUCACGGAGACCAGAGCUAUGUUGGGGGCGGGAUGCAGCAGAUCAUUUGCAUUUAAAGAGACACACACGGAGAAAAACAAUAACAAACGUGUUUUUGAUUCCACCCAAAAAGAGGCAUUCACAACAUGGUAUAAUAAAUGAUCCGUGGGGUAUUUUGAGCUGAAACUUCAGACACAUUCUGGGGACACCUGAGACUUGAAUACAUCUUGUAAAAAGGGGCAUAAUAGGUUUCCUUUAAGCUCAAGUUUCCUGGUAGGAAAUCAUGAUGUUAUAUAUAGAAUUCUAUAGAAAGCUGUAUUAUUUAUGGACAAUAACUGCCUCCAUGCCAUGCAGCCUGAUUCUGCCUAGCUCACACUGUCAUCCUUAUUUUAGAUUUAAACCAUCAGUGUCUUUGCAUUUUGGAACAUUUACGCUAUUUAUAUCUGUACUUUAAUUGUUUUAAAGGGACUUCUUGUUUGAUAUCUGCGUAAUUGUAAUGAAUUGGGAGGUUUUGCUCAUUGUAUGGAGCUUUCGCUCUCAUGUGCCUCCUCUUCAAGUUCUUAGAUUGUGUUUUUUGCUCUUCUUGGGGUACAAGUAUGUAUUUCUUAAGCAUGAUACACCCCAUGACUGAUUUGUUACAUUUUAAACCAAUUCAAACUGAAUUAAUUUCAGAUGAUGACUGUUUGCUUUAAGCAAAGCUCUUGAGAAGAGUUUUGAAGAAUCAGUAUGUAGAUCACUGAUUGUUCACCGCAGAUCUUGGUGGGCUCUGAUAAAAAUUGCAGUUUCAGUAAGUUGUUCACAAUGGAAGUUAAUUGGGUCAAUCCAUAAACAAUAAAAUACAGUUUCAAAAGUAUAGCCACAAGAGUUAAACAUUAUACAUUUUAACAUGAUUUUAGUGUGAUAAAAUCGCUUUCGAGUCUAUAUAUAUAUAUAUAUAUAUAAUUACAUCUUCAAAUAUUACAUCUUCGUCACCAUAACAACGCAAUGCCGGUAAACCUUGUAAGCUAUUUUUAUCACACUAAAAUCAUGUUAAUUCUUUAAGCUAGAAAAAUAAUGCUCAAAAUACUACAGUCUUGACCAAAACAAAACAAGUAUGGUUUUAAAGAUUAGAAGCUGUAUUUUACAAAGCAUGAAGGCAUUACCACCAAAACUGAACAAAUGCUUUGAAAUUUGCAGACAAAUGUGAAGUUUUCCGUUUUGAUCAUUUAUUAAUAAUUUUGCACUAUGCAUAUUAUUGCAAUCAGUAAAAGUAUCAAACUGAUCAAAUAGCCAUGUGUCAUAUGUUUUUGAAAGCUCUAAAAGAGUCAAAUAUAACCAGCCAUAAGUAUAUGUCGUUGAUAAUUAUGUUUGUGUUGCUUAUAUGAUGCAAUUUCACUUAUAAAUUAGUGCUAAAACUUUUGAUUGCUUUUCAACACAAACAUUUUCUCAAAUACAGUUGACAUGAUUGGAAAAACAAAAUCAGUUUUUCUGAGCUACCUUAUUUAAACCCAGAAAUAUUGAAUGUCAAAUAAGAAAAAUAAGAGGGGGUAAAAUAAGUUUCAGCAGUUUCUUAGACUGAGUCUCAGAAAUGAUCAUAAUCUAUAUCAUGAAAAAAAUUUAGUUUUCUUUAACCAAACACUCUCCUUGAUUUACAUUUUUUGUGCAAGUUAUAAGCUUUUUAUUUGGGGUAUUUAACGUUUAUGGACUUUCCCAAAUCAUUUCCACUCCUAUAACCACAAUAAUCAUUAAAAAAAUUAAGCAAGGGACGAGUUAAAACGGUAUGCUACCAAUUCUGUCAAUUAAGCUUAACUUGUAUUGAACAAUGAACAUUGCUUUUAUAGGAAUAGUUUGCCCCAAAAUUUCAAUUCUGUCAACAUUUAAUCACCCUCAUGUUGAUCCAAAAGCAAUGUGGCUUUUUUCAUUCCAUAGAACACUAAAGGAGAAAUUAGGCGGAAUGUUACCCUUAGUCACCAUUCACUUUCAUUGCAUCUUUUUCAAUACAAUGAAAGUGAAUGAGUCUAAUGUUGUGCCUAACGUCUCCUUUUAUGUCCCACAGAAGAAAGUCAUAUUGGUUUGGAAUGACAUAUGGGUGAGUAAAUGAUGACAUAAGUUUUGGUUUUGCUAUCCCUUUAUAUCCACUGAGCAGCCAGGCCCUAGUAUCAGUAUUUCGGUUAAGUUGGAUCGAAUUACACACAUUGAUUUUCAUAGUUAAUUUACUUGUGGUUCCUUUGUAAUAUAUAUAUAUUAGGCAAAAUAAUAACUAAGCCUGCAAUAUCAAAUAGCUCACUGUGAUUAGAAUUUAGUGAUUUGCGAGUAAUAAUUUUCCCCAUUCUUAAUCUUUAGUGUGGUGUGGUAAGCCUGCAGUACUGAAAUAUAAUGUCUGCUGUCAGCCAUCUGUCACUUCUUCUCUUAAGCUUGUCCGGAAUUCCGGGAAGUGGAUCGGACUGAUUGUGCCUGAGAAUGUCUGAUUCAUUCCAAUGCUCUGUAAUGCACUGCAAAUGCGUUUUAACAGCUGAUGUCUUUGAGCUUGACUCCUCCUUUCCCAUUAUGAUGAUGAUGAUGUUGUUGCUUCUGUUACCUUUACUGUACAUCAGAACAGAUCAAUAUACUGUGCACAAUUCCCUGAAUUCAACUAUUAGAUAGUGAUGACUUCAUUUAUACCUAAACAAGGGAUGUUUACAAAGCAAGUACCCUUAAUAACUUCAAAAGAUUAAAAUGGCAAGCCAUAUGUGUUUAAAACCUUUUCUGUUUUUGAAAAAGAUAGAAUAUAGAUAUGAUCUAAAAUGUAUUAUUCAUAAAUAUGUAUGUUUUGAAGACAUUAGAAUAGUGUUAAAGAUGGGUUAUGCUCUGACUUAAGACAUUUUUGCUGUUGUCUGAGAAGAAAAAGAGGUUUAAUAUUGUAAUUCUAAUGAGCUUUUGUCAUGUUGAUGAAAUAGCUGCCUCUUUUCAGAUGAUAAAACUAAUGCUGCAUGUCUCUGAACCUACAAAGACUGUUUGGGUAUCCUUAUACCACAUUAAAAUAAGCCUUAAAGUUGGAUUCCUGAUUAUGUGCUCAUCCAAUUACAAAUUCCUAACUUUGUUCUUUGUUCAAAAGACCUCCCAGAAUAUUAUUUUCUGGGAUGUGGACAUCGGUCAUAUUUAUUGUGCUUAUUACAAGAAAAGCUCUUUUUAAUGAAAAUAAUAUUAAUUGAAUUGAUCUCAUUUUCCCUAUCAGAAUUGUGCAAAAACUGUAUUUGUGCAAGUUUUAAUUGUGCAAAAAAAUUGUGGUGACCAGCAUGUAGUAAUUGUUCUAGUUACUGAAACCUUGAAUCAUUGAUGUGACCAUUGGCACAGUGUUUCCAUUGUGAAGGAAUGUUUUUGUGACAAUUAUUUCAAAAUACCAGCAUUUCUUGCCGCUAAUGUAAAAGUUGCCAUUGUAAGAGUUAUCAAUAUUUCUUAUUGAGAAAAGCCUGUUAAAUGCUUGUUAUCUGCUUAUGUAGUAACAAACCCAAGCACCAAACUUGAGAUGAUGGAGUUGAAACCAUUGUGGCUCAAAACUGUUAAGACAUAUUUGCCUCAUUUUGCUUUAGUUAUUGAAGUUAGUGAAUUUGAACAUCUGCCCUGUCAGAUGCUGUAAUAAGUCGUUUCACUUGUUUUUCUCUUUGAAAUGUUACGUGGGAACAGUUAUGUGUUGUAUAACUCUAUAUUCAAUAACGUGUUGGGAAAUUUUGCGCUAUGCGUAUAUUUGUGUAAAAACUGUCCACUAUUAGUGUGAAGAAAGCAUACAGCCCUGUUCGACCCACGGACUCUUGGACUGUUGGGAAGCAGGUCUUUGUGGCCUGAGCUCCCUUUUCCCUGGAUGAGAAUAACUCUCUGGGGGUUUAUUUCGUAAAGGGACGGAGAGGCUUUUAUUUUUCUGAACUGUCUAAAUACUAUAUUAUAUGUACUGGAAAGAGAGACUAAACUAUUUUUCAUCUGCACAUUCUACUUUGUGUAUGUGAUAGAUAUUAAUCUUGUUUUCUAAAGACAAAAGAGACCUGGAACUCCUAGGAAAAGUAAAUAAAUGCUAUUUUGUUCUUUAUGUCUUUCAAUGUAUUUAUUGCAAUCAAAACGGGGCCAAAUUAGACGUCAGCAUUAUUGCCUGGUUAUCCGAGUUUAGCAGUAACAGCUGUGGGACAGACACAGCUUAUUGUACAUAACCUGUAAAAUAAGAAAAGACUUUGCA